GGGCCCCGUGCGCGCGCUCCGCACACACCGGGACCGAGAGCACGCGCCAUGCCUCCGUUUGAGCGCACCCCCGUGCACAGCAGAGCCUUCAAACAGCGCAAGAGCUUCGCCACGAGGAAACAGGAGGCGGCGGGGAUCAGGACCAAGUUUCCCAACAAGAUCCCGGUCAUCAUCGAACGAUAUGAAAAAGAACAGUUCCUUCCUCCUUUGGACAAGACCAAGUUCCUGGUUCCACAUGAACUCACCAUGACCCAGUUUGUGACCAUCAUCAGAAACCGCAUGGCUCUGCUCCCGUCUCAGGCCUUCUACCUCCUCAUCAACAACAGCGGUCUGGCCAGUAUGUCUCUCACCAUGGCCCAGGUUUAUAAGGAGCAUCAAGACGAGGACGGCUUUGUUUACAUGACCUACGCCUCACAGGAGAUGUUCGGAUCAUGACCUCUGACCUUUGCCCCUGAGACGGUUUUUAUCGACCUGUAUAUAAAAUAAAGUGUAUAUAUUGUAAUGUUAAAGAUUUUAAUGUGAACUAAUAAAUCGUGUGUGACUAACAGG